AUGCGCCAUAACGACAAGAUCACAUUUCCAGGCGAAGGAGAUCAGUCUGAUCCAGACAUUGAGCCCGGAGAUGUGGUCAUCGUCAUACAGGUGAAGCCUCAUGAUGUAUUUGAAAGGGAAGGCGACGAUCUCAUUGCCAAAAAAGCUAUAUCAUUAAAUGAGGCUUUGUGUGGAUACGAAAUUCCUUUGAAACACUUAGAUGGACGUACUCUUAUUCUCAAAAACAAACCGGGUGAUAUUAUAACGCCAGAUUGCGUGCGUGGAAUCGUGGGUGAAGGCAUGCCACAAAGACGUCAUCACGACAUCCGCGGGAAUCUCUACAUAAAAUUCGACGUCACAUUUCCAAACGAUCACUUUUUAGAAGACGAAACCAAAUACAAGGUCAGGAUCUAG